GGGUGGUGUCUAUCAGGCAGUGGGGGCGUCUCUCUCAUGUAGUGGGAGGACUUUUUCUGGCAGUGGGGGUGUCUUUCAGACAGUGGGGGUGUCUCUCUGGCAGUGGGAGGUGUCUCACAGUUGGUAGGGGUAUCCUAUUCUCUGUCCUUUUAUUCCCUCAGUGGAGCCGGUGCACUGAGACUGUGACCCCUGGAUAGUAUCAGCUGGGAAAAGAGGAGAACAAGAAAUUGGAAAAUUAGGGAAAUUCCAAAUAGAAUCUGGAUGAUAAAGUGACCAUCCUGGCAUCCAGGACACCUGCAGUGUGCUACUGAGACAUCGCUGAGUGGGCACUCCUACCCGAGACACCCAGGAGGGCACACACCCAUUCCAGCAGCAGUCUCUGCCCUUCUCCUGCCAACAUGGAUCUGCUCCUACUGUUAGCUUUGCUGCCAGGUGAGUGCACACUCACACUCUGUCGUUAAGUUGUACUCUGCAGUCACUCAUUAUCUUCACCUUGAUACAAAAUCUCCUUUUUUUAUCACUCUUUCUCUGCAUUGUGUUACUAAGGGGCACACACUACUGUCUGUCACCCUGUGGACCACUCACACUGUCAUGUAGUGACAUACAUUACUAUCUAUCACAUUGAGGACACUUGCUGAUUGACUGCAACUGUGUAUCAUUCUGAAUUAGGUUCACAUUUACAGCAGUCCUCCAUACACAGAUAACACACAGCAGGGGGUUGCAGUCCCUUGGAUAAAAAAUUAAAAAAAAAGCAAAAGGAUAAUUGUGUAGACACAUACAGUAACAAAAAUCUAUUUGUACACCCCCACACAUAUCAAUAAAGAAUGGGGAUUUGGGUUUAUACUGGGUGGGGAUCAUGGUUUGAAUUUUUAUCUAGGAGUGUCUUGGGGGAUAUAGAUGUGUGGGAUAUUUGGGACACAUUCCAGAUAAUUUUUUGGUACUCUUUGGCAUAUGAUGAGAAUGGUAUAAGCAUAUGAAUGAACAGAUUGCUGGAAUGUUGCAAUGUUUGUAAAGAUUCGAAUAUUUGGUUAUUUACAGAGGGGUGGGGAAUUGGCAUGUACACAGAUGUGCAAAAUAUGUGGCUGUGAAGAGGCAGUGUUGGCUUGUGUACAGAGGAGAAGGGCAUGUGGCUUACAGUACAGUCCCCAUCACAGCUAUGAGCUCUAACAACCAUUAGGAUAUCUAUAUGAGAUGCUUCAGAGUGGGAAAUUCUAAAUCUUAAUUUGAAAUCAUUUUGCACCUGUUAUGAUAAUGAAAUUGUGAAAACAUCAAUAAUUCAACUAAAAUUCAUCUCUAGGGUAAUAUGUGUCUAACACAUGGUUGGUAUGGAGAUAUGCUAUCAUUAUAAGACAUAAAUUGUUGUUUACUCACUAAAUAAGAAACUUGGAUGUAAUAAGUGAAUAGCACAUUUUGAAAAAUAGCUGAGUUGUAUUUUAUUUUCCAAUCUAGCAUUCUGAACCUAAAAUCUCCAAUUUCUUUGCCACUUCACUAUUCCUAGUUUACAUAAUUAAAUUCAGCUAACUGGGCUGUAAAAUGAUAGUCUUUGGACUAGCAUUAUAUUGACUGCUUUUUGAAAAGGGCAUUAUAUUGAUUUACAUGUCAAACAGGUCUAAGCUAAUGCCUCCUUCUGGAAAUUCUUGGGCUACAGCUAGGACUGCAUGUAUUUAAUUACUCCUUUAAGUGAUGGUAUACUUCUAUUGUAAAAAGGGUACAUCCCACUAAUUAUCAAUAGCAGUUCAGUAUAGAACUUCCAAUGUAGGGUAUAUUGGACCAGAUUGCGAUGACAGAAUGAAGUGUUAUUGGUCCAUAACUGGAUAAUUCAAUAGAGAGUGUAUUCUAUAAAUCAAUGGCAGUCAACAUAUCACUGUCCAGUUUUUGUAGAAUUAAAAGCCCAUGACGCUUAACCAGAUGCAGACGCUCUUCUUUUCCAUAGAGACUAUCAUAAUUCCCUUAAUUUAUUUGCACCGAAGAUGACUGCACAAGAUUCUGCUGGUUAGCCCAUUCAUCUAAAUUAAAAAAGCAACGCAUUAUUACAAAUUCUAUCACUCUUAGCCAGCCUUUGAAAAAAGCGUAUGGUGUCACCAGAUGUAGGGCAACAAUGCUAUGGCAGCACAUCUUGCAUUGUAUGAAUAUAAUAUUGUGUUAGGGUGACGGCUUUGGGUCAUGGGAGUUGUCAUCCAAAUAAUUUGGGAGUAUGUCGCAUUUGCUGUUUGUUGAUAUUAAGGGUAUACUAUUUAUGAUGAAUUUUGUGGUGCGGGAAGUACUCAUCACAUUUUCUUUCUACUGCAAAUACAGGAGUAGCAUAAAUUACAAACUUUUGUUAUUACUUUGUCUAUUUAACAUGUACUUGCUAUAGUACACAGAGGUAAUGAUUACACAUGGCUAAUUAAGACAUUAAUUCUCAUAAUUUACUCAGCAAAUUAGGGCUUGGAUUUAAAUAGUACGAUAACCUGGGUUAUUCACCAAAAUGGAAAUUUAGAAGAACUGAUUCAAUCACUGCAAAUUUUAGGCCAACAUCGAGAUGGAGAAACUCAAAAAAAGGUCAUUUAGUCUGGCGCUAGAUGGAAUGAUGGUGCAGCUAAAUCACCAGUGAAUUAAUCAUUAAAAACUCACAAAAAUACAAAUAAUUACAAAAAUACAUAAAAGUGAAAGCACACACAAAUUAGAAAGAUAAAUGAUAAAUAUCACCAUUUCUUGUAAUGGGUAAUGGGUACACUCGAAUUACCCAUAACAAGAAAGUGUAAUAUUUAUUAUUUAUAGUUCUACUUGGUGUGCGCUUUCACGAUAUGGACAAACUUUUAAACUCAAUUCUUUUUACAGUUCGACUACUUCGACUGAAUUCCUGGGUUAGUGGAUAACCCUAAAUAUUUGUACAUAUUAGGGUCUAAUUGUGUGGAGAUAUUGUAAUGGUUUCAGAGGUUCAAUAAUACAUAUGACAUUUGCAAUUCUGACUUACAUACUAACUCUAAUUUCAAAAUAUUGUAACCUCAAUUUUGUCAUUCACAAUUUAAUUCGGUUUCAUUUGUAAGUUUAGUAAAACACCCUGAUUUAAGAAAGUUUUAAACAAAAAAAACAUAAUAUUUUAGCUUAUGAAAAUAUCUUUGCCUGUUUAGUCUACCCAAUCUCUUUCAGUAAUUUUGCAUUUUAUUUUGUUUGGGAGUCAACAUUGAGGCUCUUUCCAAAUAAUGGAUUACCACCUUUACCAGGAAUCUCGCAUCUCUUCUUUUCUAAUUCAACUUUAUCGUGACUGCUUGUUCUGACAAUUCCCUCUCCUCAUACCUGGGAAUCAUCUUAACUAUUUGAACAAGCUAUAAUGACCCAUCAUUAGGUUCUCUGUAGUGGCAUGUCAGUUGUAACAAAUACAUGGUUGUAAUACUAGUUUUUGUGGGAAUGGACUUGCCAAAAUGUAAAGUGUUACUCCAACCCUUUUUAAAUAAAUGUAUUUUAAUCUAGAAUGCCUUACUGGGCAUUAGCAAUUAGCACCACUUUGUAGAACUGUAAAAUAAGGUUUAAUCUGAUCUGGAAGCCAGCACUGGGCGAAGCUCCCCGCAUCUCCGCGCUGGUUUCCACCCCUUGUUUGAUGUCACUGCCUCCCUCGCAAUAAAUGCUUUUGAUUGGACUGUUGUCCCCGGCUCUAGCCAGAAAGAGGAGUAAAAUAUGAUUAUGCCUGUUGCCAGCAAGCAGUGCGCCCUGAUGUAUCCAGUAUGGAUAAAGUUCCAGUCUGCCUAAGUCAUAUGUGCCGGAGGUGCAACAAGUGUAAACACUAAUAACCAUUUUGUCUCAUUGAAUUUGUCCACUGGCACUGCGCCUUUGUUCAGUGUUAAACCAUUUUUGAGCAGUUCCACACUAAAUAAGGGUUCCUGGCCACCCAGAGCCCGCCUCCACUGGAAGUAUGACUUUGGCAGAUAUUACACACCUUCUAGCCAUACCAAUUCAUACCAGCAUUGUGGCACUGUCAUAGGCUGAAAGCAGUCAGCUGACAUGCACAGCUAAUCCAUGCUCAGCCAAUUCCUGGGUUAUCCAUUAACCCGGGAAUACAGUCACCCAUUCCUGCUCAGGCUAAUGCAUCUCAAUAGCCCAAGCAGCACAGAGGGGGUGGGCUGCUGGGGACUCUUGUUUAGCACUAAAAUAUUAAAAGUGUUUGAAAGCUGAAUGGAAGGCCAGAGCCAGGGGACCCCAGGCACUAUAACCACAGAUGACGUUACAGUGCCUAUAGUGUCCAUUUAAUUCACUUGAAUUUAAGAGCUUCCCCUGUUGCAUGUGUUCUAUUCAAACAACACAAUUUGGGAGGCUGGAAAGGAAAAACUUUGUGUUGCUCUGCCAGCUCUUUAAAUAACAGUAGACAAAAGACUCACCGGUAGUCUAAAAGUAAACCUCUAUUCAGCCUUCUUAAAAUCAACGCAUCAAGUAAAUACUAUGUAUGCAAGCAGAGGCAACUAAUCUCACACAUUUCACCAAAUAAGCUUAUUCAGUGAAUGUAUCAUUGAACCAAUGCAGAACAUUACAUCAUCAAUAGGAAUUGAUGUCCAUUAAUACUUAAAGGAACACUCUGAGGGACUAACAAAUCUCAAGUGCAUUUGAUAGUUUUUAACCUCAUAUUCAUGCUGAGUUUUUCUGAACAUUGCAAAUUCUUUAGUUUUGCGAAAAAUAAAUACUCUGUAUCUUAACCCUGCACCUUAGCCAUGCCCCUAUUUUCAUAAAACGCCUUUCUGCUUUCGCCUCAACUUUAGUGCAUGUUUACAAAGUUCAGACUGUGAGCGAACAAUGUGAGCUGGUCCGCUGACAUGACUCCACCCCACAGCCAAUCACUGUCCUCUAUUCUCUGCCACUUUGGCUUUGAAAGCUAGCUUCCCGGUACUGAGAGGGUGAUGGACAGAUAAUAAGAAUACAUUGAUUGGCUGUGAGGCAAUCAUCUCAGUUUACACUCAUCUUUCAUUCGUUGAACUGAGUACAUGUGCUGCACAUGUUUUUAACCAGGAAGACAUUUUGUGAAGAAUGGAGGCAUAGCUAAGAAAUGUAUUCAGAAAGCUGCAAAAAAAUAUAUAUGUAUAUAUAUAUAAAAUAGCAAAAAUAGAUUUGAAGUUGGAGAAAAGUACAACAUGAGUAUGAAGCUGAAACCUAUUAAAUGUGCUUCAGUUGUGUUGGUGCCUAGAAUAUCCAUUUUACUUUUGACAUAUCAAUAAGGAAAAAGCAAGGGGGCUGAGUCUCACUUUUUCAGGGCCUAGAAUCCCUUUAUCAGAAACUCUCUGAGUGUGUGGUUGUGAUAAUUGUCAAAUUCGCCCAGUUAUUUGAGAUUUAAUGCUGCAUACCUGCCAAGUGUUUUUAGGAGAGACUGUCCCUAUUUUGGGCACACAUCCCUCCUCCCUCUUUUCAAUCCUAAUAUCCCUCUUUGUACAUUAAAAAUGUUGGGAGGUAUGUGGUAUGUUGCAUGGCCUGGUCAAACCCUGAGAUUCUCUAAGUGUCUACCAAAGUCCUUGUCUUUAUUGACACAAUGGAUGUGGUAAAUCCAGGGUCUAUUUUAGUAGUUAUUUUUAUUGGCCAUUUACAAAGUUCUUAAUGCAUUUCUGGCCUUGUGAGAUGUUGUUAUUGAUAAUGCAACCCAAGACAAUAAAUUGGCUUAUCUGCCCAAAUCAUCCUGCAGCCUCUCUCUCUUAUGUCUAAAUGUGAUUACUUUGAUACAUUUUAUAUUUUUCCCAUGUUUCCUUUUUGUUGUUGUUAAUGGAAAUCUUUAUAGCUAUUUAUAAAUUAAAUGGAAAUAUAAUCAUCUGUAAUACGUGAAAUGUAAUCACUUUCACGUAAUGAGUAUUUUUUUCUUAAAAGUUUGUUUAUAAAAAAGCUCGGUAUGAUUUCAUUGGGUAGAUCAGUGAUCGUCGGCUUGACAACUGCAUUACCCAUUACAUUCAGCCAGCCUACAUAAACAUAUUCACCCCAGAAUCCUCUAUAUGUGUUAGAAAAUUGCAUCUGGUAGCAAGAGAUAAAUUAAAGAGGCAGUAUCGUUGUAUCUCCUUAUUCAACUCUAUAUUUAUUGGUAUUAUGUUAGGGUUUGACUGCUUCUUUUAAUUUUUAGUUUAAAUCUCUUACAUUGGACUGAACAAUUAUGAUACCAGAUGCAUUCCUUACUGGAUGUGUCUUCAUUACUUCUUCUGGAAGGCUGUUGCAUAUGGCCACCAUCUUCUAUGUUAUUUAGAUCCUAACUACAAGGCUUAAUUUGAUCAUUCAUUAGAUCAUUAAUUCGUUCAUUUGUAUUUUAUCAACAUAUACCCUUUAAAUGGACACGAAAUAUGAUGUAUUUAUGCACAACUCUAGUACAAUAUUUGCAAGCGUUAGGAUUUUUGAAGGCAAGUAACUACAUGCAAGUUUAACAGAACAUUUAUUUAAUAAUAAAAAUAUCAAACUGUCGUUAAGCUCUGUAAUGAUGUCAUAAACAUAGCAUUCCCCUUAUAGGGCUAAGCAUUGUUCAAAUAGAUUUGCGGUGUUUCACUAUAACUCGGAAUGUCACAACCCUUAUUUUAUUUAUUGUAUCAUUAUUAUAAUUAUUUUUUUUGUACUCAUUACUUAUGCAUCUGGACACAUGACCAGUUACACCUUUGAAUGUGAUUGCCGUAUCCAUCAUGUUUUCUGGACAUGCAUAUUCCAUUCGUGUUGAUGGCUAACACUUUUUAAAGCUACGUACAAUAAAGGGCAACACUUUUCAUGCACUGCCUCUCAGUAAACAUGGUGGAAUUGUCAGCCCUUAUGUGAUAUGUCUAAUAAAUAAAUAAAUAAAAAGGUUUCAGUUUUAUCUGUAUCCAGUGCCUGUGUGGCUGUUUAGGUCACAGGUCCCUCUUAGAUCACCCGCCUCUGUGGCUGAUAUCAGCAGUUUUGCAGCCAAUCCAAUGUUUUCCUGUAGCAAAGCAAAGCAACACUGCGCCAAUCAUCUCCUCAAAGAGAUGCAUAGAAUCAAUGCAUCCCAAUGGAGAACUUUCAGUGCCUCUGUGCAGCAGUGGCACAAGAAGCACCUCUAGUGGCCGUCUUAGUGUCUGCCACUAGAGGUGUUCCUAGGCUAGGCACCAAUGUAAACACAGCCUUUUCUGUACUUUUCUGUCCAGUGUGCAGAAUUCCACAGUAUAUUAAAUAGGUUGCAGGAGGGAAAUCAAUGAAUUAAUCAAUGAGAACUCGGAAUGAAACCCUCUGGCUUAGUUAAGUUAGUUUCUUCCUGCAGCACAUGACUGCUGCAUACUGUAGAGCAGCACUUUUUAUGUAUAGGCCAUCAGAUAUUAAUGUGUCCAGUAAAACAUGGUGGGUACAGAGACACAAAAUGUGAUGCAGGUGUUAAUGGGCAGCAAAUAAACAUGAUCAUUUUCUUUGUUCCGACAUUAUCUUUUAGCACUGAAAUUCUCCAACUGCAUGAUGCUGCAUGCCCUGAAUGAACCUAAAAACGACCAUUCCUUCUUCGAUAGUCACUUUGCUGGUGAUACCAACUCGAAAACAAGCCUCGUGUUAGCCUUUGUUUUAGCACUAGUUUGUAGUUACUGUAUAUGAUAGGUGGGUGUUUCGUGAGCAGGUUGAGACCUGCAGUGUGUGCUUUGUUAUUUCACAGCAAAUUCCCACAUUCCAAAACACCACCCUUCUCCACCACAAAGACACGCAGGACCCAUUCUAUCAACAAAGAAAGAUGCACGAUCCCCACCCCCAAAGACACAUUUCUCCAGGUGUGAUCUUAUCUGCUGCAGCCUUCAAAAAUCUCAGAACCUUACUCAAUACCCAAGCAUGGCAUAACUGUACACCUAUUGUGCCCAAGUUUUAACGCUAGUAAAACUAACUGUUUAUGAGCCAGUAGCCAUGCAAGACAUUUUUUCCCUUCAGUUGCUUGAGGUUUGAGCCUUGGAACACUGAGGGGAUGAGUUCUCGAAAGGUUAAAACACAGUCACGAAAAUUAAACUGUUGCCUGAGGUUCCAAAGUGACCAGCGGUCCACACAGGCGUUAAACACUAGCAAUGUUUCUUUAGAUAUGCUGGGUUUUCUGUGAUGUUAGUUUAGCUCAGGGCAUCAUUGUGCAGGUGUUGGCGAAGGGAGUAUAUAAGAAAUUGCUAGCUUGCUUUCUGUUGUACAUUGCUAUGUACAUGCUGACGAAGAUUCUAAGUGGGUUUAUUCAUGGCAGACAUCGAAACCGAAAAGUUUAAGCCAAAGUAGCCAGUAACAGAGUUGAAGAUUAGUUUUUUUACAAAUUAAAUAAUAACGCAUUACUCCGUGUCACAUACCUGCCAACUACCCUAGAUCUGAUUUGACAGUCCUGUUGUUAAGUCCUUGGUUCUCCAUCUUGUUUAUUUUCCUGUGAUGGUGUGCUUCUGGAGACCCCAGAAAAGAUUUACUACUAAACUCACCGGUGGCUGAGUGAAGCAAUUCCAGAGCGGUUCCACUCCUACACGUUUGUUACAGUAAUGCUUUCUAUGAGAAGCCCUCAUAAACUCUCCUGGCUGUCUGGAUGACACCUGGAAGGUGCUACCAAUGGGACAAUAAAAGUGAAGAUUUUUCUUAAAAUUGCUUUUUUAUAAAAAAUAAAACAAGACAAAGGACACAACCAUUUAACCUCUAAAGCACUAGAGCAAGCUGAAAUGAUUUAUGGUGUUGGAGUGUCCUUUACAGCAACAUUUCAAGCACCAUGGUGCCAUGAGUGCCCUUGUGCCCCCAAUGUAAUUAGUCAAAUUGUUUGCUAGCAUUCUGACUUAUUAACUGAAACCGCCAGGCGCCAGUCACCUCCUCCAUGGUGAGCUGGAAGCUCGUACUAGGAGCUUCCGUUAGCUUUCCUGAGCAAAAUCCUGCCGUGCAGGGCCAGGUCAUUGGCUAAGAGCAUUGGUAAGUUGUCAACCAUUAGCAAAUGGCUUGACUACUAAUAUUGGGGGGCACCAUGGCACUCCUAGAACCAUAAUGACUACACAGCCCUGAAGUGGUUAUUGUGCUUGGAUUCUUCAUUUACAACAAAUAUAAAUUGUCAAAAAUUGCAACUGCUUGUUUUUUUGCACAAAAUAAUUGUGCUCAGUGUAGAAGAUAUUGCACAGAAUAAAUGUAGUGCAUUAUAUUUUCAAUAUGUUGAGUGAUUCAGCCCUCACUUUAAUUUCUGCUGUAUGUAUUACUGUCUUUAUAUCGGAAACCUUUCUCAAAGUAUUUGAGAGAAUGCAAUAGCCUACUGAGUUUUUGAAAGAACAUAUUACAUGUAAGUAUUCAAACAAUAAACAGGAUAAGGUACAAUGCAGAACUGCACAAAAUUCAUUAUUACACACGGCUGCUCUUGCUUAAAAUCCUUUGUGCUCAAGGAGACAUUGAAACGGUUAAAUAGGGGCUUUAGCAAUCUUGGUAGGUGGUCAUUCAUGUAUGCAGCACUCACAAGACUUACAUGCUGAGAUAACAAUUUUAUUCUCUAAAUUGGUCCACUUAUGGAAUCUUUUCCAAGAUCGCUCACAAUAUAUUGAAUUUUGAAAGCUUGAAAAAAAAAACCAAACCUUUCUACUUUCUGUCCUACAAACGCCCACAUGAUCUUAAAUGGACAAUAUAUGCCGCCUCUCAGCACCCUGAAUCUUCAAGCUGUUUGAAAUCUUUCUUGCAGACUUUGUUACCCCUUGCUCAGCACCCCUGCUGUCUCACCCUCCACUCCUUGGCUUUCUUUUUCCAAUCAGCCUUCCGUAAUGACCUCUUCUCCACAAAUCAGUAUUUUUUCGGAAUUUUGCAAUUCUAGAGGAUUAGUGAGAUUGCGUUUACCUGGCAAACAACACAAAGUUAAUAUUCAGUUUAACGCAACAAGAAAAUGGACAAUGGGGGUUAUGUAUAAAGAGGAAUUUGGUGCUAACAUUCUACAAGUAGCACAGACACCAUAUAAACUAGUGGAAUGAUCAUUAUAAUUGCUCUAUGUAUAGAAUAUUGCUCCAAAAUUACACUAUAUCAGUAUGCCGCAUUGCCCUGUUUAACAUUAGUAAAAGAACAUCACACCAACAUAAUAUGUAGGAUGAAUUAGUAUAUUAACGAAAAUCAGAGCGGUACUAAGAACUCUGCCAGGUAUCAAAUUUAGUUGUAUAAAAAAAUAAUAAAAAGGUGGCGUGGUGGAAAGUCCGUUCUUCAACCUUAACUCUUUGAGAACUGGAAUGCCCUUUAGAUUGUAAGCUCUAAGCGUGUUUGUUUUUUCAUAACAUCAGUCCUUCUCUGUUUCAAUAUGUCAAAACUGUGCAUACAUCACUAAUGGACAAAGCUGCAGGCCGGUCGUAAAUAAGUGAGACAAAAAAAAAAAAAAUUGAAGGGAAGAGCAAUUUAUUGUUCACUUUCUCGGCACACAAAUAGUUAAACCAAUGUUCUUUGAUUUGUCAUAGUGUGAUUUGUAGCCAGAAAUGCUAUCAGGUUGAAGUUAAGUUUGCAUUGUUAGUUUGUGAAUUGACAAAAGAAAAAAAGAGGAUAUUGUGUCACUGUAUAUAUUAAAGAAAACUGUACAUUGUAUCAUUAGACUAAUAAGUGCCACGUGUGGGCUGAUAAAACCUCUAAAUGUAUUUAGUAAUUUUUAUAUUUGUAUUUUUAUUGCAUUCCUCAUUGCUACAGUCCUCUGUAUUUUAGUCUAGUCUCCCUGUCUCUAUGUCUUUCUCUCUCUCUCUCUCACACUCCAUUCCCCUUUCUCUCUCCGGCUCUUUCACAAUUUCAGGCUAUCUAUCUUUCCUUUUCUUUCUUAUUCCUCUCCCCCUCGCUGCCCCUUCCUUGGUGAAGUGUUUAGUAUUCAACAAUAGGCCAUGUGACUGCCUGUGAGACACUUUUAUUGUGAAGGGACUCUCAGGAUUUGAACAAGAGUAUUUCCACCCCCCUCUCUUUCUUUUCUCAUUCCCAAUUCUGUGCCCUCUCUCUACAUAACUUGCCAUCAUUCCCUCAUCUGGAAAAUGUCUGCCCAUCGCCUACCCCCUACAAUACUAUUAUAUGCAAACUCCACUGUCUACCAUCUAUCACUGUGCUUAUUUAAGCUCAAUAAUACUGACAAUACCCUUUAAAUAUGCUUUUUUGAAAACUAGUUUAUUGCCCAAUUAUUACACUGUUGCCCGUUUCUUUUCUCCUCCUGAGCCCUGCAAUGCUUCGCUACACUAUUACUGCUCAUUCUCCCGUAUACCACUUCCCAUUCAAUAUCUUUGUUCUCCUCUGUUUAGAUGUAUCUGUCCGUUCUUCUUGUAUCUUCUGUGCCGUGUCUGUGUGAUUUCUAAUACUGUAUAUUUGUUGUGAUUUUAGUUUCUCCUCUUCAACCACAGUUCUGUGUUCACGUUUCCUCAACCCCUUUCUGUCCCCCCUCAGGUCUUCAGAUGAUUCCUCCUGCAGCCUUGCACUCUGCACCUGUUAAUAUUUAAUCCUCAGCAGCCCCUCCCCUCUAUCAGUAAGGGAGAGGCCUUGCACACAGUCAUCCGUAACCCCCCAGAGAUUGUUUUGAGAUCCCCCCUUCCAUUGAUAAAGCCCAGUUCUCUCCUGUUUCCUCUUGCAAACAACUCCAGACUCUCCUUUCUUUACACACAGAAACCCCUCUUAUUGAUACGUCACACACAAGUCACGUUUUUUAAUUUGUCCUUUGUCUACUAUACAAGGCACUUACAUUAAACAGAACAAUAACAAUGAUCCUGGGAGAAUUUUAAAGUCUAAUUUCUCCGGAGAUCUAGAACCCUACAUUUUCUUCACUUUGUGCCAACAUUCUUUCGUCCAUAGAUAUUAAAACCACUCGUCACCAAGCAAAAUGCAACUUGUCUUCCUUUUUCAGUAGCAGUGUGUAUUCUUCCUGCAUUUAGGGAAAUUCUAUGCUACCAUCUCCAUUUGAUUUGCAAUGCCAUGCUUUCCAUUUGGUCACUGUCACAGCUCCUUAAAAUGCUGCCAUUCAAAUUAAACCAUGAUCUUGCAAAUAUCAAGUACUACAUGUUAGGUGGUUUAUGGUAAAAUAAAUAUUAUUUAGAGAAGUUUUUUUUAGUUUUUUUUUUUUUAUUACAUUUGAGAUUUUAAGUUAAAGCAGUGUACCAUCUAUAUAUUUUACAAGGCUACUUAAAAUCACAUAUUUUAACAAAUAAAUAUGGCAGUUUAGUCACACCAUAUGGCCAUACUGUAUUUAAGCCCAUCACACCUCAAAAGUACCCCAGUUCCGAUACAGGUCCUAAUCUUAACAUGGGAGAGAAACAUACUCGCUGCUAAAUUUACUGAUAAAACAGAUUUAUGAAGCUUUCUUUAAAUAUUAAUAACAAAGUGUUUUACCAGGAAAAUACAUUCAGAUUUCUUUAGUUUCCAGGUACGUCCUGGGGAUGUUACUUUUGCCCAAUUUAAUAGUACUCAUGUAUGCCUUCUUGUCCAAUCGGCACCUGGAGUAAGGGGUGGGAUGUUCAACCCAAUGGUAUCUGGACUUCAUAUAUGCACAGAAAUAUGUUAAUUGUGGGGGGGGACAUACUCAGAACAAGUGUUUAUUAAUAGGAAUGCCGCCAUAAAGAACAAUAUAACUAUAUGCAAAACACACAUGAAGGAAAAAGCAUACACACAAAAUAGAGUUUAAUAUCUUACAAGGCUACUUAAAUCCUAUUAAUGCAAAUAAAUAUAGGGAUUUAGUGAAUAGUUACUCACCACCUCUUGGCAAUCCAUUUUUAUUGGAUACCUGAAAUAAUUUAUUUUUUAUUUUUCAUUGUACUCAUCUCUUUGUUUGGAGUUCAGAGAGCAGACAUUUUGUCAAAAAGAACCCCAUUAAGCACAUACAUUCACCUAUGGUGGGAAUGCCCAAAUAUCGCACCAGAAUGGCUACUGGCAUCACAAAUGAUACCUGGCUCCUACACAUAGACAUCUUCAUGGACACCUACAUAUGAUUGUUAUCUAAACCCUAUGAGGAACUUACCCACGCUCAUAAUUGAUUGGUGUCAAAAGUGGCACUAACAACAACAAGAACAACAGCAGAACACUGGGAAAAUCCUACAAAACCAUAGUAGAGAUGAUGUUACUCAAGGACUAACAUCAUUAUUCAACUUUUUUAUAGAAAUACAAAUCCAACGUCUCUUUUUAGCCUUAAUGAAAAUAGAUUAUAGGCAGACCCUACUCCUUCAGACUACUCUCUUUUCUACUCCUUAACCUCAUCUCUCUCUCUCUCUCGAUUUCCCCUCUGUUACUAGAGCCUUAAUAUCCCCCACCCCACCAUUCCUUUUUUGCUCGGGUAGCACAUUAGGCCCUUGCACCGGUGUCCCUUAGAUCUUUGCUUUCCAUAAAGUAUGUCUUUUGGAGAAGGACUUUGCUGAUUUUUUUUUUAUCUUCUUGUAGUUUUGUUUUGUUUCUUAAUAAGGAUUAUAAACCAGUCACUGAGGAACCAUUGAUUCCAGGCUGCAGUUGCACCACGAGCAUCAUUGGGGGCACAAGCUGCCAAGCUUCAGGAUGGGAAACUUGCUAUGGGGCGAGGUAGCCCCCUCCCCCCCACCCCCAACCUAAGAUGUCUGCUAAGCGCAAAUAGCUAGCAAUUAUGCAUUUAUUUUGUAACACUUAUGAUAUCUGUAUAUUGAAGGUAUUAUGACGAAUGUGAUCAUCCUUCCAUUUGUGGAAUAUGAACAAUGAACAUUACCAGUGUAAUCACUGGUUAUCUGGUUUCUUGUUAAUAUUAUGUUAACGGUCAAUGUCAGGCCCAAUGUUUUGUUUUUAAGUUCUUUAUUUCAUCUGAUUAAUUACAGAAAUAAAGAAUUUUUUUAAAAAAGUACUCCAUUGGUACUUGAACUUGUCUUAGGGAAAAAAUAUUACUUAUUAACAUUCUAGCUACAGAAGUCAUUACAUAACCCUUAGGCUAGAUGAAUUGAUAAAUGUGGGAACUCCUUUGCACCCCUCGUAGAUGCUUUGACGAUCAGGAAAAUUAAUAGCUGCCUAGUGACAAAGGAUAUAUUUUAUCCCAGCUUCUACUGAAGAAUAGCACAUCCUCUUGCAAAGGUCAUAUCCCUUUUCAAAGGGUCGCCCAUUAAUUUCCCAACCCCACAUGAAAGCGCUAUAGAGGUUAUGAUGAGGCGUUUAGGUCCUGGGAGCACUGACCUUCUCGGCUAUUGUUUUUUUAUGUGAAAGUGGUUGGGUGUGAGUGAUAGUCCUGCUUUCUAUGCCAUAUCUAAGCAGCUCAAUACUAUUAAACAUAAUUUUCUCAAAGUGCUCUUUCAGUAUGAGAUGGUACAAAUUCAUAGGCAAACUGGAAAUAUUCUCCAACUCAACGACAUUUUAAUUUUGGCUAUUUUGGCCUACAACUACAGUUCGCUUUGAAUUCCCUUUAAAAUGUGGGCAUUUCCCAUGUUAAUGAAUAACCCAGUCAGUUCUAAACUUGGCUAUUGCCCAUUGUCACAGAGAGAGAAACAUAUUACAAACAUGUUACAAUAAUUAAGAUUUUGUUCUGUACAAGAUUUUUGUGAAUUUAAUGUUAAACAGCCUAUUAACAGUCUCCGAAUAGUGUUCAUUAUUAGCCUAUACUCUAGCUGUCUGUCUUUUGGUUGCUUAUCUAGUGACUCGGGUUCGUGUUGGUAGCUGCAGUUAAUUUGUUGCCUUGAAGAUACAAGGCCUUGAAACAAAUAAAUCAAAAAUUUGACCCAGUCUCUGUUUUGAGAUAUCAUCAAAAUGCUAUAUUGUCUAAAUGACUGGCUGUUUUCUAUAUGUUUAAUUGCUUUUAGCGUUUUUACCUUGUUCCAUACUAUCUUCAAAAAAAUGUGCUUUAUCUGUAAAACCCCCUUUGUGUCAGAGGUUGUCUAAGGAAAAUGACAGCAAUUCUCUGGGAUUGUUGCAGUAAUUUGUCAUUCAGCCUGUCAAUCAGGCUGUGACUUGCAUACUCAUUUAAAAUGGGAGGAAUUCCUACUUACUCUGCAUUUUGUUUUGUGCAUGCAUGAUUUUCCUUUGUUGUCCACAUGUAAUCUGAAAAUCCCCAUGAAAGAUAUAAUAAUUAAUACCGCUAUAUGGGGUAACAGCUUAUGUAACCACAGGAAAUCUGAUUAAUUCUGGAGUCAACAAGAUUUAUUUAUUUUUUGUGGAAAAAUUGGAAAUUGCUUCAAUUUAGUUUAUUCGCCCUUUUUUUUAUCAACAAAAUUGAUGGGUUUGAGUUUUUGUCCCCAGCCUAUAACAUUGUGUGCUAUGUAACUCUAGAUCAUGGGUCCUCAAACUCCGGCCACCCAGAUGUUGCUGAACUACAACCCCCAUGAUUCUCUGGCUAUCUAUGUAAUUCAAAGAAUCAUGGGAGUUGUAGUUCAGCAACAUAUGGGGGGCUGGAGUUUGAGGACCCAUGCUAUAGAUCAUGGCAAUAACUUUUCCUAAAGAAAUGUAUACAUUAAAUUAAGCAAUAUGUUCAUGUCUGUGUUUAUUACUCUAAGACACGACCUGCUUACCAUCUUUUGCCCAACUGUGGUUCCAAUACCCAUGUUUUCAAUUCAUAGAUUUUAAAAUUGGCCUUCUAACAUUCAAAGCCUUAAACAAUCAAGGCCCUCAGUACCUGAAAGAGCUACUGACACCCUACAUUCCAUUCCGUUCACUUCGAUCAACCAGCAAAUCUUUCCUGUCAGUGCCAAGCAUAAAGACAGACUCAGGAUCCAGCGCAUUCAGCCACGCUGCCCCUACCUUCUGGAACUCUUUACCGUGCGCAAUCAGAGAGCCAUCGUCCUUACAGACUUUUUAAAAAAAGCUAAAGACCCACCUCUUCCAUCAGGCAUUCAGUCCACUCAGCUGACCUUCAGAAACUCCUAACUUUUAUGUCUAUAUGUUUGUAUAUUUGUAAAGUGCUUUGAGUCUCACAGGGAGAAAAAUGCUAUAAAAAUCGCAAAUUAUAUUAUAUUCACCAAUCAUUUAGUCUGUUUUUGUCAGUGUUUUUUUUUUCCUUCUUAUUGCCAGUUCUUGCUCCCUCAUUUAUAAAUACUUUCAUAUAUUAACAUAAAAUUUUAAUGACGACCUGAUUUUCCCACUUGUUCUUGCUCCCUGGCAUCAGCGAAUGUUCAAAUAUAUGUCUGCCUGCAACAUCUCAAAUAGAAAAAAAGGGACAUUUUAAUUUUAGGGGUGUGAGUGGGGGUGUGGCCCAGGGAGGGCUGCUCUGUGAAAUUCUAAGUGAUUUACUAAUAACAAUUUAUGUAGCUAAAAUAUAAUUUAAAACCAUAACAAUGUUUCUUAUUUGCACAUACUGAUUUAUAAACAAAUGUAUUGUAGUUUAAAUACCCAUUACUGGGCGUAUUAUUGUUGUGGGUCUCUGCCAUACACUCAUUUGGAAUAGUGAUCUCCAAAAAGAGGGAUAUUAGAAUAGAAAAGAGGGACAGGGGGAUUUGGGUAAAAAAAAUAGGACCACUCCCUCCUAAAUUGGCAGGGAUGACCUAGCUGCUCCUGCCCUAGGGCAAUCAUCAGGUGUUGGAUGGAUACCUUUAUUGCUUUGGGGGAGGGGCUGGUUCCCGAUUUAGAUAAUGGCAGUUUUGCAACUAUUUAAAAUGAGCAGAUCACAAAAAAACAUAUCAAUAGAAAAUUUAAAAUUUUCUUUUUUUGUUGAAUGCUGAUCAGCUGAUUAUAUAUAUAUAUUCAUAUAUAAGUAUAUGUGUGUGUUUACUUUUUUAUUUUUACAAGGUAAACUAAUAAAAAUACAAUUACUUUUUAAAAUACAUUCAUUAACAUAUUUGCCAAGCAGCAACUAAGCAACUUUGACUCCCUGCUUUCUGUAGCCCAUUUCAUGGGAGUAUUCGAUCAGUGAGGAGCUAUUUAUUUGCACCUUUUAUCAUAGUUGAGAGAGGACACCCGUUUCAGAAUGUUGUGUUAUGUGAUUUAACUCCAGAGAUGUGUCUAUAAAUAAAUACUUUAUGAGGAUUUUCCAGAGUUCUCGUUCCCACAGUACCAGAAAUAGGUGAAUAUGUGGGAUCAGAAAUAGCAGAAUCUGACAAGUCUGUGAGAACUAUUUUUCUUGGUUUAUUGGCUCUAACCUGGCAUUCCAGGAGAGCUUGUAUGUUUGUAGUAUGUUUGUAUGUAUAUAUAUAUAUAACUAAAUAUAUUUAACAUAUAAUCCCUGGAGGGACAUUGCUCAUUGCAAACCCUGCAAUUCACAGUGAGGAAUUAAUGAAUAACAGGGUUGGAAUUGUUGUUCUGUCUGUAUGUCUGUCUAUCAUCUUCAUAUAAUGUUUUCAAAUUCAUAAUAUCAUUGCAGCACCAUGAUAUACGUGUCUUAGUCUGCCUAAGAUUUGUGAGAGUUAUGUCAUUGUGCAACAGUUGCUGGUUUGCACAAUGACACCAGAAAACUGUCCCCAACAAACAUAGUGCAUGUGCAUCAUUAGAUGUGCUAGCACAAUGUUCAGGGCACUAGACCCUGCAGGAUCUGUCCUAAGUGGCCAGUCUGUGGGAUUGGCAGGCUUGGCGUGCAUUUAUGUCAAGCUGACUUGCCAGUUAAUUGUGAGGAUCUGCCCACCUGAUUUGUUGGACACCGGAGUUGGGAGUUUUGGAGUGUUUGUCUUGUAGUGAGUUUCUGUGUGCAUCUGUGAGUGUAUACCUAUGUGUAUGUCUACCAGUGACAGUGCCUGGAAUGCAUUUCUGCAUCUGGGAGUGCGUGUGUUGGGAGGGGAGCUGCUUGCAGUGUGUUGUGCAUACCUUCCAACAUUGGGAGCCAUGCAGAUUGGGAUUGGUGGACUGGCUGGAUAGAGGGUGUCACCAGUCAUAGACAUAGGCGGGUCCACCCAGGCCCGGACUGGGAAUGCAAAGCAGCCCUGGGAAAAAAUGUAUGCCAGCCCCAUAAGUCACUGCGCCACGGUCGUGUUUGUGUUUGUGUAUUUUUUUUCAUAGAUUUUAUAUUUUAAAUCUAUGUUUAUAAAUUAGAAUUACUCAAUCUAGGGUAGCAAGACAUAGCCAUAUUUUAAAUGUUAUAAAGGGAUAUUUUAAUUCUCACUAAAGGAUAUAUAAAUAUAUACUUUUAUUAUUGGUAUGUUCCUUUUUUAAUUUUAAAUAUUAGUAAAAAUAAGCAUACUCACAUGCAGGCACAGACAAUCUCAUUGCCAAAAGCAAACACGUUCACUGGUACACAGGCUCACAUACAGGCAAUCUCACUGACCCACACAAGAUCAUUGACAAACACAGACAAGCUUACAGGUACACACAAACUUAGCACGGCCAAACUCUCUGACACACACACACACACACACACACACGCAAGCUUACUACAGACAAACUCACUGGUAUACACAAAGAUGCUUACUACAGACAAGCUCACUAACACACACAUGUCACUACAGACAAGCUCACUGACACACACAUGCUCACAACAGCAGGCACACACACACAAUAGUUCACUCUCACUCACUAUCUGCUGUGUAUUUGAAGCAUUCCUGGCACUGUAGGCUGCUGCUGUGGAAGCCUCGGGAGGUGAGGACUCCAUUCCCUGGCCUCUUCCUGCCCUGAGGUAACUAGCUUGCAACCGGGGGGGCAAAGCUUGCGGUCCGGGGCGGAGCUUGUGACCGGGGGCAGAGCUUGAGUGCCAGAAAGCUCCCUCCUUGCAAUGCUCCCUCCGGCCCCACUGGCACCAAGCUCAUCCCUCCAUAAUUCCCUCUUACUCUCACAGUCAGAGGGAAAACUUAACAAAUGGUAUUAGUUACAGUUAAUAGUGCCCUUCAGUCUCUACCCGGCCCCAAGUGCUGCAGUAUCCCAGUGGGCCAGUCCGGCCCUGGGUCCACCCACAAAAUGGGCAGGUCCACUCGUUGAAGGAACCUGUCUGGCCAACCUCCAGCCUUUAGGAUUUUGAGGAGAGCUCUGCAAAAUCUCUCUUUGCCAGGUCCUAGUGUCAAGUGCUUUGCUGCCCAAAGACAGUUCCUUGGUGUCUCCAGAUGUGAGAAGCUAGGGAAUUAAUGUGGAAUGCCAUGGAAUUAAUCAGAUAGGAUCCUGAAAUUGGGACUGUUGGAGGGCCUGGUUGUGUGUAUAGGGGUUAAUUGUGGUCUUGAUGUGUGUGAUUUGUUAAUGGUGAAGCUGUUUUGUGUGCAUGAGGUGUGACUGUAUGAGUAUGAAUGGGAGGGUGCCUGUGUAUGAGGGUGACUGUGCAUGUAUCAGGGUGACUGCGGCAGGUGACAGAUUGACUGUGGCAGUGUGACUGUGACAAGUGACUGUGUGUUUUGGGUUAGCGUGGGGGGGGGGGUUGAGUGUGACAGGGUGACUGUGUGUGUGGGUGCUAAGUGGAUCUGCCAUGACUGUGCUUAUUGCAUUUAUUUGAUUAUGCAUGACAGAUUUCGUAGAAUAGCUUUAAAUAUAAGGAACAAACUGAAAAGUAAAAAAUCAAACUUGAUUGCACUCAGUCUAGUUUAACAAGUUUUUGAUAAUUUGCUUGGUAUGUGGUUGUGGUUGUACGCACAGUGUAUGGGCAUACACAUUGUCUAUGUCCAUUUUCCAUUUCAGUAGAUACCAGUAGGAAAUCCUAGAGCAUAGUUCCCAACAUUUCAGAGGGACAAAGUGGGACACUAGAGAUGUGAGUUUGAGUGUGGUCAGGGACUCUCGGAAAUUUUAGGUGGCUUACUAGUAACAGUUUAUGCAGCUAAAAUAUCAUUUAGAACAUAAACAAUGUAUCGUAUUUAACACAUAUAUAAAAGUACAGUGAAUAUUAUUGCUGUGGAGCUCAGGUAUAAAUUCAGAAACACCAAGAAUAAUAAACUCCUUCAAAAGAGGGACAUGAGGAUAGAAAAGAGGAACAGAGGGAUUUGGGCCCAAAAUAGGAACUGCCCCUCCUAAAUAGGGACAGUUGAGAUGGAUGCUGGCUUGAUCUGUAUGCUAUGGUGUUUACAUGGAACAUGCAAAUAGUUCUAUUUAGAACCAAUGAUCAUAAUUGCAAUUCUGAUCAGUUUAUGUCGGGAAAGUUCCAAUGAUUCCGGUUAGAGAUGUAUUUUUAUAUAUUGAAUUUUUAUAUAAUUGCUUUACAUGGCUGCUUUAUUUUGCUACAUGCAAUUUCUUCUAAUCCCACAUGUAUCUCUUUGUUUAAUUACCUACUAUAACUCUCAGGUUCUUCUUCCAAUAAACUGUCCUGUGCUUACUGCCUGUAAACUGCCCCAUAGAACCCCCCUGUUCGGUAUCUAUAGGUCCUAUUAAGUCUUUAAAUCUUUUAUUUUGAAUGUUCUUCAUUUUGGCUCACAUGACAGAUUGUGUACUGCUUCUAAUAUUGUAAGUUAUAACUUCACCUCCUCCCGUUCAUCUCUAAACCUCCAUCUAUUACUGCUGUCUAUAACUACUCUAUGUCGCUCUCCCUAUAGCUUCUCAUAUUGCUCUAUAUAUCAAAUGUAUUCUCCAUAAUUCUUCAAUCUUCUAGUAAACCAGCUGUUAAUAUCUCGCUGCCUAUUGCUUCUUUUGACUGUGACUGUUCUCACUUGGCACAUUUUUGGAUGCUUUAUAUUCUCGACUGUUGCCGACUGUCACUCGUCAUUAUAACAUUAAUUACCUUUGUUUGCCAUUCUCUUGUUGCUUGCUUUUUGCUCAUGUUGACAUUAUGACUGUUUCUGGAAUCAUUAGCAUCUUAGUAGACCUCUUUAGCAUUGUGUGUGUGUGUAUGGGAGGAUGUUCUUCAGACUUAGUGUGAACUAGUACAGGGGUUUUUAAACCUUCUUUACGUUUGGGAGACAGAAAGACACAUUUAAUAGUUAAGCUAUUGGUUUAUAGGGACCAGGGAAGGGGAACAUCUACAGAACUCAUUGUAACUUGGGUCUUGAUAUAAAGUACCGUUGGAUAACCUUGCAAAAUAAUUUAAUAUUUUUGCCAAAGUACCAGAGUAUUGUAGUAUGCAAUUUAAAGACAAGCUCUCUUCCUCAGGUCUGAAGCAAUACUAUUUUUAGAUGUAAGUUUAAAAUAUAUAUUUUUUUAUCAUAUUAAAUAUAAAUUAUAUAUACACUUCUCAAAAAAAUAAAGGGAACACAAAAAUAACACAUCCUAAAUCUGAAUAAAUUAAAUAUUCUUCUGUAAUACUUUGUUCUUUAUAUAGUUGAAUGUGCUCACAACAAAAUCACUCAAAAAUUUAAAAAUGGAAAUAAAACUUUUCAGCCCAUGGUGGUCUGGAUUUGGAGUCACACUGAAAAUUAAAGUGGAAAAACACACUACAGGCUGAUCCAACUUUGAUGUAAUGUCCUUAAAACAAGUCAAAAUGAGGCUCAGUAGUGUGUGUGGCCUCCAUGUGCCUGUAUGACCUACCUACAAUGCCUGUGCAUGCUCCUGAUGAGGUGGCGGAUGGUCUCCUGCGGGAUCUCCUCCCAGACCUGGACUAAAGCAUCUGCCAACUCCUGGACAGUCUGUGGUGCAAAGUGACGUUGGUUUAUGGAGCGAGACAUGAUGUCCCAGAUGUGCUCAAUUGGAUUCAGGUCUGGGGAACGGGCGGGCCAGUCCAUAGCAUCAAUGCCUUCGUCUUGCAGGAACUGCUGACACACUUCAGCCACAUGAGGUAUAGCAUUGUCUUGCAUUAGGAGGAACCCAGGGCCAUCCGCACCAGCAUAUGGUCUCACAAGGAGUCUGAGGAUCUCAUCUCGGUACCUAAUGGCAGUCAGGCUACCUAUGGCGGGCACAUGUAGGGCACCCCAAAGAAAUGCCACCCCACACCAUUACUGACCCACUGCCAAACUGGUCAUCCUGGAGGAUGUUGCAGGCAGCAGAACGUUCUCCACGACAUCUCCAGACUCUGUCACGUCUGUCACAUGUGCUCAGUGUGAACCUGCUUUCAUCUGUGAAGAGCACAGGGCGCCAGUGGCGAAUUUGCCAAUCUUGGUGUUCUCUGGCAAAUGUCAAACGUCCUGCACGGUGUUGGGCUGUAAGCACAACCCCCACGUGUGGACGUCGGGCCCUCAUACCACCCUCAUGGAGUCUGUUUCUGACCGUUAGAACAGACUUGCACAUUUGUGGCCUGCUGGAGGUCAUUUUGCAGGGCUCCUCCUGUACCUCCUUGCACAAAGGCGGAGGUAGCGGUCCUGCUGCUGGGUUGUUGUCCUCCUACGGCCUCCUCGACGUCUCCUGAUGUACUGGCCUGUCUCCUGGUAGCGCCUCCAUGCUCUGGACAGUACGCUGACAGACACAGUAAACCUUCUUACCACAGCUCACAUUGAUGUGCCAUCCUGGAUGAGCUGCACUACCUGAGCCACUUGUGUGGGUUGUAGACUCCGUCUCAUGCUGCCACUAGAGUGAAAGCACCGCCAGCAUUCAAAAGUAACCAAAACAUCAGCCAGGAAGCAUAGGAACUGAGAAGUGGUCUGUGGUCACCACCUGCAGAACCACUCCUUUAUUGGGGGGGUCUUUCUAAUUGCCUAUAAUUUCCACCUGUUGUCUAUCCCAUUUGCACAACAGCAUGUCAAAUUGAUUGUCACUCAGUGUUGCUUCCUAAGUGGACAGUUUGAUUUCACAGAAGUGUGAUUGACUUGGAGUUACAUUGUGUUGUUUAAGUGUUCCCUUUAUUUUUUUGAGCAGUGUAUAUAUAUAUAUAUAUAUAUAUAUAUAUAUAUAUAUCUUUAAAAAUUUAUAUCAUACAUAAGAAAAUAUAUUUUAAAAAAAGUAUGAAAACAUUAUUCAUAAUAUUAAAUAAUUUUAAAAUAUCAAAUCAUUUGAAAAUCUUAUGGAUUGCAGGAUAAAACUUACAAGGAAAGGUUAAAGGAACUUAACAUGUAUAGCUUGGAGGAAAGAUGAGACAGGGGGGAUAGGAUAUAAACAUUUAGAUACAUAAAUGGAAUCAACACAGUAAAGGAGAAGGCUAUAUUUAAAAGAAGAAAAACUACCACAACAAGAGGACACAGUCUUAAAUUAGAGUGGCAAAGGUUUAAAAAUAACAUCAGGAAGUAUUACUUUACUGAGAGGGUAGUGGAUGCAUGGAAUAGCCUUCCAGCUGAAGUGGUAGAGGUUAACACAGUGAAAGAGUUUAAGCAUGCGUGGGAUAGGCAUAAGGCUAUCCUAACUAUAAGAUAAGGCCAGGGACUAAUGAAAGUAUGUAGAAAAUUGGGCAGACUAGAUGGGCCGAAUGGUUCUUAUCUGCCGUCACAUUCUAUGUUUCUAUGUUUCUAUCCAACUAUAUUAGGUCGAGGCCUUGCUCUGGCAAGUUAUUUUUUAAGAGCCUUGUCUGCCUGGCGUUUUGGUAUUUUUUUUCUCAUUGUUACGAGUUACCAUAUUGAAUUUACAGGCUCCCUCUGCUCACAAAUGAUGCUGUACUCAUUUCUUUAUUGCGGGACACGUGAAUUAAUUUCCCCAUGGAGGACAUAGACAAUGUAUUCUGACAUUUAUCACACAACAGUUACAUAAAGCUCCCAUGCAUCUAUUUAUCAGACAUAAGAUUAUUGCAGAUAAUUUAAGACAAUAUAUGGGAGACAAAAACUCUUUUCUUUUUUUUUUCAUAAAGAGAGCAAUAUUUUAAUCAAAACGUUUGCACUGUUACAGGGAGUUUAUAGACCAGUACCACCCCCUUGUUUUAUCUUACAGUUUGUACUGUUACUUGGCUACUUUCUACUGUGCCUUCUUUUAUUUUAUUUUGCAGGUUGUCUGUGUUCAUUCAGUGUUGAAGUUCCACCUGUUGUUGAAGUUGAAAUUGGGAAAAAUGCAAUAAUCCAUUGCAAACCUACUUUUAGUGGAUCCCCCAAGUACACCUCUGAGUGGUUUGUUGUAAGUAUUGGCAAGUCUGUGUCACUCUUUGUAUUGCUUAUUAUAUAUAAUGCAAGCCUUACUGAAAUCUUUUUGUUUUGAUUUUUUUAUAUAUAGAAGUUAUUUAUGCAGUGCACUUAGAAUGGUGAAAAUAUAUGUCUGUCUUCUUUUCAAUACCUCCAGUAGGGGUAGGGCUGUAGACAACCUGGACCUUUAAUCACUAUAAACCAUGGUUUAAUACUUAAUGGGUUUAUGGCACUAGGUGACUCCAGGCACAAAAAACACUUAGGUGAGAUGAAGUUGUUAUAGUACCUUUCAUUAAUAUAUACUUUGUUGCUCUUGUCUGAUUUAGUUUGCUGCAGUUUUAAGGCAGACCAUGGAUCCAGGCAGCGUUCUUCAGUCACUAUAAUUUCUUUGCGAUCAAAAAUGCUGCCAUGCUUUACUAUAUUGUGAUUUAUUUGGGAAUUCAAAGCAAUUUUCACAUUUAUAGUGAAAAUAGAUGAAUUGGAAAAAUUCUCCAUAUCACCAACUCAUCUAUUUUGACCUAAAAUGUUAAAUUCACAAUGAAUUUACUUGACUUCCCGAUAAUCCACACUUUAGUGAAAAGCUUUGUUUAUUUUAUACUAUAGAAUAAGACACAUUUAAGCAGGAGGAGCCAGCAUACAAUGAAAGACAAAUAUGUGCCAUAUUUACUAAAACUGCACCCAUACUGCACCUACGUCACUUACUCACAGCACCCAUCACCCUCACUUAUAGCAGAUGAAGCAGCUGACAAUUACCAACAUGACACAUAGUCACAUAUUUGCAUCUCUAUGGCAAUGCUUUUGUAGGAAGACCAAUAUGUGUAUGCUUUAUUUAAAGGAACGCUAUAAUGUUAGGAAUACAAAGCUGUAUUCUUAACACUAUAGUGUCCCGCUGCCCCCCAACCCCUCCCGCAUCGAUCAAAGGGUUAUAUAACAAACUCACCUUAUUCCAGCGACAAGGUCUCUUGGACUAUAUCGUGAGGGGGAACCUAAUGCUCUCCCCAAUGGAAAGUAUUGAAUCAAAGCUUUUCUAUUGGGAUUUAGAAGACACUGGACGUCCUCAUGCCAAGCAAUAUAUAUUUUGCAUUAAAAGUGAAGCAAGCCUGUUAAGACUAGCAGGGUUAUUUACUAAAGUGGGAAUUCAAAGUGAAUUUCAGGUUUUAAGGCCAGAGUAAUCAAACUGAAAGCAUGGCUCACUUUUUUUCCAGUCCAGUUAUUUUGACCAUGAAUUUUACGUUUACAUUGAAUUCACUCAGAAUUCACACUAUAGUGAAUAACCCUGUAGAAUUUUGUUAAAUUGGUUGAUAAAAGGGAUAACUAAAUUUCUUUAGAAUUGGUAUUUUUCAAUGUAGGUCUACAUUAGAUAAUGUGCUAUAUUACAGAGGUGCAACAACUUGGCAAGCUUUGUUAUAUGAAAAUAACACUGUUUUUCUGUGAUUUAUGGAUAUCUAUGCCAAGCUCCUCCAUGUUGAUAAUGUGCCAAAUUAGAUGAUUCUCCUAUAGGUAUUAUUGGCAAUGAGAAAUGUGGUAUUUAAAUGCAUAGGGCUUCCCAGCAUAAUCUUCUGUUUCUGAGUGAACUUUUUCCCCUGUCUUAACCCACCCAGUUAGAUGAGAAUGAUGAUCUCCGACGCAUCACGUUCUUUGGCGACGGACGCCAAGUGACCGAUCCUGACACCGAGUACAGUGACAGAGCUAAAGUUAAAAGUGAUUUAACACUGGAGAUUAAAGGUGUCCGUCUGAGUGACGAAAAACAAUUCCUCUGCAGAGUCAACGCCGUGAAUGAAGGGACCAAGGAAGCCAAAGCCGCACUAAAGGUUUAUGGUGAGCGAGCUUGGAAACACUUCAAUUUUAGAUUCUCCUGCUCUCUCUUGAUAAUUUAAUCAACCUUUUGGGAGCAUACUUAAAGUUGGUUAAAGUGGCACAGUCUUGUUUUUUUUUUCUUACAGCUCUCCUUUCCUUGUACAUAUUGUAUAUCAGUGAUUACACGUGCCUUUAUUUAUAUAUUUUUUUUAUACUUUUCUACUUUGUGCCUAAUCUCAUUUCCUGGGUGCAGCCAUUUUGUUCUCAUCUAUCCAACAUGUCUGCAGUUUACCCUUCUGUGGGAUUAUUUUGCCUAAUGGCUUGUGGGUACAUUAGCUUAGUGACUGAAAUUUAACUUUUACCUAAGUGCUGUCCACUGACAAAGAUUUCCAAAGAUCGCGAUCCCCAGAGGAAAAAGUAGACGUUAUAUUUUCUAAAGCAAGAAAAAAAAAAAAGACGAGUUAAAAAAAAUAAAGAAAAAAAAUUAAAAUUGAGUGACAAAAAGCAGUUACUUAACAACAAAAUCUGCAAAAUUACAAUGCUGCUUUAAGCAUUACUUGGCAGAGGCGCUGUAAAAUCAGCAGUUAGUGAAUGUGACAGUGUAGGGAUGGUAAGAGCUUCAACUUAAUUCCCUUACAGGGACACUAUAGUCACCCAGACCACUUGAGCUCAAUGAAGUGGUCUGGGUGCCAGGUCCCUCAGGUUUUCACCCUUCACAUGUAAACAUAACAGUUUCAGAGAAACUGCUAUGUUUACAUUUGGGGUUAAUCCUGCCUCUAGUGGCUGUCUUCCUCGCCUCCAUAGCGCAGAGCAUCCAAAGGAAAGCAUUGAGAAAUGCUUUCCUAUGGACACGUUAAAUGCGCGCAUGGCACUUGCCGCGCAUGCGCAUUCGGCUCCAGUGACGUCGGACGGGGGAUCUGACGUCGGACGAGGAGGAGAGGUCACUAGCGCCGAGGGAGCCUGGCGCUGGAUUAAGGUAAGUGGCUGAAGGGGUUUUAACCUCUUCAGCGCUAUGGGAGGGGGACCUUGAGGGUGGCACCCUCAGGGCACUAUAGUGUCAGGAAAACCGCUUUGUUUUCCUGACACUAUAGUGAUCCUUUAAGUCAGGGUUCUCCUGCUGUUUGCAAAUGGAAGUGAAUGGCAGCCAUAUUGUAACUAAAUAAUAACCAAAAAAACAACCAAAUGGAAUUAGAAAAAAGAAAAUAUAUCACUAUUGUGAAGGUAGGGUUGGGCACAUUUGGGAUUGAGUUAUCAAUAUGGAAUAAAAUUAUUGGGUUAUUGUUAUCCUGACUCAGGGUUUGGUGGGCUGAUGGCUACAGGUGGUCUGCACUGGUCUUUAUCUGUGGAAAUGGAUCAAACUAGUUUAGUGGAUUUGGUUUGAGUUUAUUGAUUCGGGAACAGCUGAUUUAACAAAUGUUUAAAGAGCUUUGGUUCAUUUUACUACUGCUGAAUUACAGUGUCAAAACUGCUGAAAUAACCAAAUUAGUUUUUUUGUGAAUAACCAAAUGGGUUUUGCGUUGUCAACUUUAUGUUGAAACAGUUGAAUUUGGACAUCCAAUCUCCAUUGGGUUAAUAAACCUCAUAUGUUUAUUUAUACUUCCAAAUCUCAGGACAUAACGUUACCAAACAAAUUUUAUGUGCAUGGUGUGCUAAAUUAUUUAUUAUUAGAUUAUUCAUACUUGAUGCAUUUGUUUUGUACUAACAAGUUUAAGAUUAGUUGUUAACGUUUUGCCCAGUUAUUUUUGCUUUCUUGAAGUUAUUCAAACGGAUAAUAAGAUACAUUUUUAGAAAUACAAAUACUGCUAUCCUGUGUCUUUUGUUCUAAAAAGUGGUCUCAAGUACUAAAAGUAGGGCAAUCACCAUGGUAACCAGUAGAACAAACAGAUACAUUCCCUUCCCAUUCAUAUUUUAGCAUCACAUUUUACAAAAGAACACUGUGAUAAAUCUUUCCCAUUAUAUGAUAUUUAAAAACAAAAUCAAGUAGAACUUUGCAAGCACGCAUUUAAAAGAUUUCCGAUUCAAUCAAAUUUUGUAAGUGUCACAUGUAUGUAUUUUAUUGAUUUUUUUUUCUUUUAUAUUUUACGGAAAACAUUGUUUAAAGCCAAUCCAAACAGCCUAAAAAAUUUAAGAACUACUACCAAGAGAGCUGAUAGAAAUUCUUAAAUAACCUCCUUUUAAAAUGGUUUAAAAUUCCUAAUAAUGGCCGAAUGUGAUAUUGGAAUUUUUAUUUUUUUAUUUUUCUUUCUUUGUUUCAGAUUCCCCAGAAACCCCUGAACUCUCUUUAAACUUAGGGAUAUUGUCAGUCACUGAAUCUAUUGCAUCUGAGGUAACUAGAUGUCUCUUUUUUUUCUGUUAAAUCAGUUCUCCUGUCUUCGCUCUUUUGCAUUCUCCCUUGCUUCCUCUCUCUUUCCCCGUCUCUCUUUGUUUACAACGCUGACCUUUUGCCGCUUGUCUGAUUUGUUCCUAUUUCUUGCUCUCUCAAAGAUCGGAACUUGCAUCAGUCGGAAUGCAUAUCCAGCUCCAACUAUUGAAUGGUACAAAAAUCAUCAGCUGCUAACCCCACCGACUGAAAAGAACCCAGGUAUGUGAAAAAUGGGCAAAUGGGAACAGAGACAUAUUGUAACACAUUUUAAUAUGCUUAAAUGAGGAGAUUAGCAAGCAGUGGUGAGAGAAACCAUAACACAACAAAAAAAGAAGACAUCUGUAUGCGCCACUAGGAGGCUUAAUAGACAGUAAAAGAAGUAUGUAUGUUAAAAUAAUGAGUGCCCUAUUGUACGUGAAGCUAAUCUCUGAUGUUUCUUUGUAUGCAGACCUAUACAUGUCAUCCCGCACAAUAACGGAAUCUUCAGGAUUGCUUACGGUCUCCAGCACUCUAUUUUUGAGACCUACCAAAAUGGACACAGAUGCAGUUUUUUCCUGUAAAGUUGUGUAUCCUAUACCAGGAGGUGGUGUGAGACGUAUGGAGUCACAGGAAUUCAAUUUGACUUUGCACUGUGAGUGAGCCAAUCGUGCUAGAUCUCUUUUGCUUUUCCUCAGUCACUAACCCAGUGCUCCUUGACUUCCUUUGACAGAGACUCACAUUAGGUACAAAGGAUUAUCUUGGCGACCCAUCCGGCAAUAGUAAUAGUGUGUUUACUAGAAUUAAUUAUUAAACACACCUCAAUUAGGCUUGCUAAAGUGCCAGAGGACUCCCUUGGGAAAGACGUUGCUGCUACAUUAAAAAAUAUAUUGUGGGUAUUUACCUGGUCCAACCUGAAGGGACCCAAUAACAUUUUGGGUGCCAACCAUGGGUUAAGAAUUGCUGUGCUAACUAUUCCAGUAAUAUACAACUAAAUGUAUCCUCUAUAUUUCAAGAACUUUUAAUAUUGAUGUUUGUUAUUCCUCCUGUUUCACUUGCUAAUUUUUUUUCUUCUUUAGAUUACACAGAGAAUGUAAAGUUUGAAAUAUUGUCUCCACUGCCAAUUAAAGAAGGAGAUGACCUUAUAUUUCGAUGUGCAGGAGAUGGACAUCCUCCACCUUCAUACAUAAUUUCCAAGCUGAAGGUACUGAACCUUAUACACCUAUUUCUCUAGGUUUUAUCCAUCUUUCAUUUGUUCCUCUCUUUCCAACAAUGCCCCUUAAAAAAGUAUUUCUAUCACCAUUACCUUUAAAAAAGUAUUUCUUUCACCUCCGGUAACAAUAUCUUUCUUUUUUACAGGAUGACAAUGAGAUGGAGAUUUAUUCUGGUGUAGAGGGUGUACUGAAAGUCUUAAAUGUGUCUAGAGAGUAUACUGGAUCUUACAGUUGCCAGGCUAUGGACUUCGACUCACCACCUGAAGUUGUACUCACUCAAGAGCUUGAUUUGGUUGUGAAUUGUGAGUGCCAUAAAUGGGAGAGGGCAUCCACUUUAAGAUUUCAAUUCCACUUUCCUAUGUGGCUCUACAUAUUAUGUGAAGCCUCUGACUUGGAAAAGCCAUAUUUUAGGUUGAUCCCAUGCAGUCUUCUUCACCUUUCUCACUUGUUGUCUUUAUCUAGUACUCCUAUCCAAUUCCAUGAGUGCACCAUUUCUCCAUAACCUAGGCAUUGUUAGGGUAUUAGGUCCUAUUAAACUUUCUACUUUAUAUCCUGAAGAAUGCCAUACUUUUUAAAAACUCUGACCUUUAAUUUUUUUUGUUCUCUCGUUGUCCUGUCCAAUCCACACAUUACUCCUCAAAUUUUUAGUGCCAGUCACUAAUAUAUAAGUGAAAAUGUCUAUAAGAAACAUCAACACGGCCAUCAAGUGGUUCACCACUGAGGCUCACAGAAUGUGACCAAGUAUGCUACUGCAUUCAAAAAUAGUUUCCCUAAUAUUCCACUCUGCCUCUGUAAGCAGCAUCAAAACAUGAGCUGGGGUGGUGUGAAGCUCACUGACAUAGGCAAGUGGAGUAGUGGGUACAUGGAUGCAAAUACCUGUAGCAAUCUUCUGACAUCUAGUGAAAAGCCUUCCCAGAACAAUGAAAGGAUGUGCCAACUCCAAAUUAAUGCUCAUUAUUUAGGAAUUACAUAUUUGCUGAGACAUGUCUUUAUACUUUUGGUCUUAGAGUUUGUGUUAUCUUCUUCCCCAUUUCUUUCUUUAUAUGCAAGUCAUAACAUGGCUAUUAGUACUGAAAUUGGCAUGCUGCCAAUAAAUAGCAUUGAUUGUGUAUUGUAAUGUUUUGACAUAUUGCGCUAAAUAAGGAAUGUGUGUAUAUAUUAUCAAUCACACUUUCCUUCUCUUUGCUUUUCAUUACCGCUGACACAAACAGAUGUUGACACCCCGUCUCUGCUCCCUAAAGAGGACACAAUGGUAAAUCUUGGAGCUGACCUUCAGCUGACUUGUAGAGGAGAUGGUACUGUGACACCUCAACUUCGCUGGAAAAAGGUAAAAAAUUAAAUAAGAGAAAACAUAAUCCACUCUCUAAUUUUUAUGUUCGUCCCUAAUCCCCAUUAAUCAGCAUGCCUUGACUUCACUCACUGUUCGAUAUGUCACACGUUGUAACAUACAUGAAGCAUACAUCACCUCUUCUGUUACAGGAUGGUGCUAUUGUUUUUGAAGGCAGCAGAUACAAGAUACGCAACAUCUCAUACUCCCAGUCAGGGGUUUACACAUGUGAAGCUGUUUCAAGUAAUAUACCUGGAUUGACCAAAGAGAAGGACAUCACUAUCACUGUAGAAGGUGAGAUUUACUGCAUGGGGUGAUCUCAUUGUUAAAGUGCCUGGAGUCCCCUGGCACUGUCUCUUCAUUUAGUGCUAAACCAUUUACAGUUUUACAUUGAGGGUCUCCUGGUCACUCACAACCUUGACCACACUGAAGUGUGGCUAGGGAAGAGAUUACACUCUUCCUUUUAGUCAUCUCUGAAUAGGUACUGUGAUAGGCUGAAAUGUCUUUCAUUAGCCCAUUUGGUGUGGGCUUCUGGGUAAUAUCAUGUAAAAAUAAAACAUUAAAAACAAUUUAACACUGCAUGGAAAAAUGGUGUCUAUUUACGUUGUUUGACGAUAUCAGUUCCUUGGCAAAAUGAACAAGUAAAACAACAAGUGUUUGAAUCUCCCCCUAUUAGUGUGGCAUUUGGCAUCCCACAGAGCCUACAGUAAGCACUCAAUAACAUUCUCACCUAUGGGAGAAACCAUUUUGUAAGAGACAGAUUAUAAUAUAACUAAGCACGUUUUAAUUUACAUGAUUUAAUCAUGACAGUUUAUACACACUUUAAAUAGUACAUUUGAAUAAAUACCCUAAGCCAAACCUGUUGUUUAUUUUGUUUUGUGAAUAACCAAGUUCCCUAAAAGAGAAGUUAUUAAAAAAUAAGAGACCUUGUACAGUAGAAUGCGUGGAUUUUGCAAGCAAGCAAGGGAGUGGGCAUAUGACCACAAGUUCUCUUGACAACAAUGCAGUAUUCCCAAGUAAAUUCCAAGGUGUAGAUACAUUGACAAUGAUUGUAAACUUCUGCCAGUAGAUCAUGCUUCUCCUAGAAGAGGAUUAUGCAUUUAAUUAUCGUAUUAAAGUGAAUGAUGUUUUCGCUUCAUCAAGGGAUUCCACAACUGAAACCUGGAACUGAGACGUUUGAAGUGGCUGCCGAAGGGGACACGUUGAGCCUAACUUGCUCUGCUGUAGGACACCCUCUACCCGAGAUAAUGUGGAAUCCCCCAGAACUGAAGGUGAACAUCUAUCAAAACCUCCGUAGCAUUCUGAUAAUAGUGUACAGCUGGUAUCUGUGAAGUUUAGAGGGACGUGCACUUGCUCUCAUCUUUAAAGUUUUUAAAAGUAUUUACUUCAAAAAUGUUAAUUUUGCAAAUUAAGCAAUGUCAGUUGCCAUACUUACAGUGACAUCAUGUUUUUGUAUUUAAUAAAUUCACUGGGGACACAGUCAUUAGUGUACAGUGUACCCUGUGCAGUAGGUUUAGGGGUGAUUAUUGAAAGCUAGAGUCUAAUGGUUAGUGGGUGUUUAGGGGAUGGGGUACUUAGUAUUAGAAUUCUGAGCAUGAAGGUUAAGGAGAAUUUAGGGUUGUGGGCUAUCUGCCUUCAAGGUACUUUGGACCCCUUAACUACUCCUAAGGCAAAAAAAACUGCCUAACCCCCCUUCUAACUCUAAUAUUAAACCAGCAUCUCCCUUAACUUUGCCCUAUGUCUCUGUUUUUAAAUGUUUUGCUUUGGCACAAAGUUGUUUUCGGUGCAUCAUUUGCUUUCUUAAAAAUUAAGCAACAUAGCAACAAAUCUGCAGCAAUGCCAGCAUUUUAAAUUUGCCAUUGUGUCAGUGAUAUUGAACAUUUGUUUUUCAUGCUCCUGAAAUAUCUAUGCGUUUUAAACAGAUUUUGUUACUUAUUGUAUUUAUUAAUAAGGCUAUUGGUAGUUUUAUAUUUUUUAGUAUAAACCGAUUCAAUGUACAUGUGAUUCUUAAAAUUUUUAAGCACUCUGUAUCUGGUUGUCAUUAUAUUAAGUGCAAAUGCUUGCUUAGCAUCGCUAGAAUUCCGUGGAAUGAAAUUGUUAGCCCCCCCUGCAGUGAAAUGAUUGGCUCAUUCUUUAUUUAUGCUAGUGUUCAGACACUUAGCUAUGUGGCAAAUAAAGGCUUUCUCUGCUUUGUUUCUAUUAGCCUAUUAGUAGACACCGCAGUGACAGUAAGGUUUUUGAUGUAAGAUUCUUUAUUUGUUUCAAAUUUUUUACAAAGAUCCAAAAAGGGAGAAAUAAUAAACACAAAACAAAGGACAAUAAACAGUAACACAUGUAUAAUUCCAAUCAAAAGAGUGGACCCAAAGGUGCUGGGAAUAAGAUGUAGUCCCAGUCUGUCUUAUGGACUAAAAAAAGUGCAAUAAUGCAAUUUCGAGUUUCAUAAAUGUCUUCCUUAGUUCACUACCAUACCAUGUUGGCAAAUGUUCUCCACAUCAAGAAAGCAUUAAGAUGUGAACAUCUACUUUACAUUGGUCUAAUUUGUGUGGUCACCAAGUGGUCUCUGUUUUUAUACACCUUGAAUGCUUGGAAUUCUCUCUUUUUGUCGGUCUUCUUAAAUUUCCUUUAUUAGAUGUCUUGUGGCUACUGGUCAGUUGGUUCUACAUGUGCCAUCACAAUGGUUUGACCAAUAAGGAAUAGUUUCCGGUUUUGUCAAAGCUCACAGGGGUGCAAGAUUUUAUUGUAGUUUCCGCAAUGUUCUGUUCAUGAUUGGAACUUCUCUCUAUUUCAGGGUGCACAGUCAGUUUCUGGCAUGAAUGUGAUGAGUAAGGUGUCUGUAAAGGUCUCCUCCAAGCUAGCUAAAGGAGUUUCCUGCGUUGCAAAAAAUGUUCAUGGAUCCAAUGAGAGAAACUUCACACUUAACAUCGGUAAGUUUGAUUUUGGGGGAAAGUACUCUGGCUUCAAGAAUACUGCGGCUUUGAUGUGGUUGGGAAGACACAAAAAUAGCUAUAAGAAUUGCACCAUGGGUGAUGCCAUAAUUAUGACUGAAUAGUCCCAGGAUUACAAUAUAUUUUAAACAGUAAGUGUUUGUGAGGUUAUUAAUUGUGAUAGAGCAAAAUAUUUUUAUUUUUCUGAUGGUUAUAUGCUUCUCCCAAGUGAGUUAUUGAUGUUAAUGUUUUUUUCUAUUUCACACAGGAAAUGUGAUUGAUACCAGCUCUGCUCCUUCUCAAGGUGAAUUAGAAUAUUUUGGAAUAAGAACUGAUUAUUAUGUACAUGUAUAUACAAUGAACAAAAUUAUAAACGCAACACUUUUGUUUUUGUCCCCAUUUUUCAUGAGCUGAAUUCAAAGAUCUAAGACUUUUUCUAUGUACACAAAAGGCCUAUUUCUCUCGAAUAUUGUUCACAAAUCUGUCUAAAUCUGUGUUAGUGAGCACUUCUCCCAAGAUAAUCCAUCCACCUCACAGCUGUGGCAUAUCAAGAUGCUGAUUAGACAGCGGGAUCAUUGCAAAGGUGUGCCUUAGGCUGGCCACAAUAAAAGGCCAUUCUAAAAUGUGUAGUUUUAUCACACAUCACAAUGCCAUAGAUGUUGCAAGUUUUGAGUGAGCGUGCAGUUGGCAUGCUGACUGCAGGAAUAUUCAUCAGAGCUGUCGCCCAUGAAUUGAAUGUUCAUUUCCGUCUCCAAAGGCGUUUCAGAGAAUUUGGCAGUAUAUCCAACCGGCCUCACAGCCACAGACCACAUGUAUCCACACCAGCCCAGGACCUCCACAUCCAGCAUCAUUACCUCCACGAUUGUCUGAGACCAGCCACCCGGACAGCUGCUGCAACAAUUGGUUUGCAUAACCAGAAUUUCUGCACAAACUGUCAUAAAUCGUCUCAGGGAAGCUCAUCUGCAUGCUCGUCAUCCUCAUUGGGGGUCUCGACCUGACUACAGUUCGUCAUCGUAACCGACUUGAGUGGGCAAAUGCUCACAUUCAAUGGCAUCUGGCACUUUGGAGAGGUGUUCUCUUCAUGGAGGAAUCCUGGUUUUCACUAUACAGGGCAGAUGUCGACAGCGUGUAUGGUGUCGUGUGGGUGAGUGGUUUGCUGAUGUCAACAAUGUGGAUUGAGUGGCCCAUGGUGGCGGUGAGAUUAUAGUAUUGGCAGGCGUAUGUUAUGGACAAAGAACACAGGUGCAUUUUAUUGAUGGCAUUUUGAAUGCAAAGAGAUACGGUGAAAAGAUCCUGAGGCCCAUUCAUUGUUGUGCCAUUCAUCCACGACCAUCACCUCAUGUUGCAGCAUGAUAAUGCACUGCUCCAUGUUGCAAGGAUCUGUACACAACUCCUGAAAGCUGAAAACAUCCCAGUUCUUGUAUGGCCAGCAUACUCACAGACAUGUCACCCAUUGAGCAUGUUUGGGAUGCUCUGGAUCGGCGUACACGACAGCGUGUUCCAAUGCCAAUCUCCAGCAACUUUGCACAGUCAUUGAAGAGGAGUGGACCAACAUUUCACAGGCCACAAUCGACAACUUGAUCAACUCUAUGCGAAGGAGAUGUGUUGCACUGUGUGAGGCAAAUGGUGGUCCCACCAGAUACUGACUGGUUUGUGGACCGUCUGGGACCCAUCCAAUACAGUAAAACUAGACAUUUUAGAGUGGCCUUUUAUUGUGACCAGCCUAAGGCACACCUGUGCAAUAAUCAUGCUGUCUAAUCUUGAUAUGCCACACAUGUUAGGUGGUUGGAUUAUCUCGUUAUCUAUAGUGAUAUUUUCAGUAGAACUUUAUUGUUGCCAGUUUGCUCAAUGGCUUAGACUAAAUACCCAGUAAAUUUUAUUUUUAAAUCUUAAAAUAGAUUUAUAGAACAUGUCCAUGUGUGUUCCUAUUUUUAUUUUCUUUGAGAAAAAAAUAUACAUUUGUGUGUUGUAUUUUGACCAACUUAAUGAUUGUGUUGAUUUGAGUGCAUUACUUCCUGGAGCUUGUUAUCAAUAUUGAUUUUUUUCAUCUCAUCUCUUUUUUCCUUAUACCUUCUGGAGACUCAACAGUUUCACAUCAUUCAUCUAUGUUGCUACGAAAAGAUCUUGCUGUAGUCUAAGAUGUAGGAGAAUAUGUCUUAUGUAAUUUGUAUAUAGGAUUGCAUUGCAAUUCUCCAUUUUACUGUUCAUUGACUGCACCUUUCCUUUGUCCCGUACUCAUCUUUACUUAACUGAAAGCAUUUUCUCUUUUAUAGAACAGAGCAGCGGAGGAAGCAGUACGGCCAUCAUUGCAGUUGUUGUAUGUGUCCUCCUCCUCCUUCUCGUUGUUGCACUUUUCUAUUUCCUGCAGAAGAGAGGAAAACUCACAUGUGGAGGAUCAGAGAAGAAGUCCUUGUAAGAACUUCUCAGGGCUUACCUGGGCAAUGGGUCACAAAUAGGGAAAUUAGAAGAUAAAGUUGCUGUAGACGUGAUUUAAGAAAAAACAAAAAAAAACAAGAAGACAGGAGCAUUAAGCAUAAAUGGCAGUUUUCUUUCAAAAUAAUGUUUUCAACUCUCCUGUGUCCUUUGCUGACUAACUGUAGGGCUCAUGAGGAGAGCACUUACUUCUGAAACCAAACAUCAGGAGCCUUUCUCCCUUCCAAUAACAUGUUUAUCUGGUGAUUUAGAAGAAUAUGGAAUUCUGCAAUGCGACAGUGUAUUCCAUUACCCUAUGUACACAAGAGAGAUCUGACAAAGACCUCUGUUGCUGGCGCCAGGGAUAUAGUACUUUCCCUUCUACGUCGCCAGAUGUCGAAACCUGUAAAAAAAACUUUAGUUUUAUGAGAAUGGCAAACAUAUGUCCCAUAAACCGAAUUCUAGGCAUUUCAAAUAGUAGGACUUCUGCAUUUAGCGACCACCUUUCCCACGCUAGGUGGGGAGACUAUUUUGAUUGAAGAUAAAGCAUUUUUUUUUAUAUUCAAUAGUUAUUGUUAAUUUUCCCAGAAAUGGUAUCAUUGUGUUUACUGUUUUUCAUUUCUAUUCAAGGUUAAGUGGUGCUUUAUUCUAAAUUGUUCCAGUAUUAUCUGAAUUAGUCUCCUUCUCUAAUCCAGUUAUAUUACAGAUGAAUAGACAUCUGAUCCUAUAAUGUUGUACAUCGUUUCUGAGCCUCAUUAGUGUCCCUGUCUCUCUGUCACUGGAUGGCCAGGAUAAACCUAAAACAUCAAAAGUAGUUGAAAAUGAUAGGGAGCAAUAAUCCAUAUUACAUGAUAUGGUUAUUUAAAGUGUAAAUAAAGUGUUUCUUGCAGCUUAAUCAGUGAAUUUAUAUAUACCACAUAAAAGGACUCAACAUGUCUCAGAAAAAUAAGACAUAUACAAAGAUAUUGGUACAGUAUAAAACAAUAAAAAAAAAAAUCCAAAAGUACAAAAAGGGACAAGAAAGUUAUAAUAGUCAGUUAGAACAGCCACAUAAAAACUAGUUGGCUCAUUGAACUAAGAAAUGUGAUGGGUAGAUACAAAAUAUGGUAAAAUAAAACAUUAUACUAUACAGAAUGUUAAUCCUAAAUUGCAAGAGUGACUGUAUGUGCCCUUUGCCCCAAAUACCUGACUUUAUUAAAAGUAUACUUUGUGUAAACAGCGACACUAUUCUCAUAUAGUCUAAAAACAUUAAGACAUUUUCAGUAAUGUAAUUAAACCUAGGAUAAAAGAUAAAAUAAAUAACACAUUACUAAAAAUGUGUCUGGAAAGCUGUUGGCAGUUAAAUAGUGAUAGAUAUAAUCUGAAAGGUUCUGUGCACUCAUUAGACAUGCCAUAUUAAACAACCAGGAUUCUGAAACAGGUGCUGCUAGGGAAGAGAAUUUCGAGUAAGCGCCACAAAUACAUGUUUUGGUAAGCCCACAGCCUGACACAGUUUGUGAAUAGUCUAAUAUCAAUUGACUGUCAUUACUAUAUGUGUCAGCAUACAGGCAACGUAAUUUAUUAAAUCGGCCCUGUCCCUAAAAGUAAGAUUUAUCUAAUCUGCUUUUAUAUGCCUCCCUGCGUCUGAACAUCUUUUUUUUUUCUGAGUAUUCUAGCUUUCAUAAAAUACAUAAGUAAAAGUAGAGACUACUUUACCUCAUGUAUAGCAAUAAAGUUAACUACACUUGACAAUGGCCAAACACAAAGUUCUGUUUGAGUUGCCAAUCACAUCUACCCACAAUCCUCGGUAGAAUCAAUCCCACAGUAGAGCAAAGAGCAGAUGUCUAGGGCAGAGGAGAACAGCAGAAGGUUGAUCUUAUGGAUCAACAGCAACAACAUAUGUGAGGAAGGCUGAACUUGAUGGAUGCAAGUCUCUUUUCAGCUUUGUAACUAUGUAACUAUGUAAAAUGGCUGCACCAAGUUAUUGAAAUCUGGCACAGGAAAGAAAAGAUAUAAAGGCAAAACAGAAAACAUAAAGUCCAACCAUUAAAUUACAGGAGGUAUAGGGAAAGGGAAAAAAAUGGGGGAAAAAUAGUGUCUGUGGCGCUUCCUUAAAUAGCUAGUUAUUUAAACUCCUCAGUAAUUUGUGAGACAAUACACUGCAACCUUUAUGUAUCUUACCUACAUAGAUAUAUUUGUAUUAGUUUUUUUUUUCUUCUAUUUAUUUUGAGUGCAUCCAUCUGAAAGCUCCCAUUUUAAUGAUAAAUCAGUUUAAAGGGACACUAUAGUCACCAAGACAAAUACAGCUCAAUGAAGUGGUCUGGGUGCCAGGUCCCUCAGGUUUUAAUCCUUCACAUGUAAACAUAGCAGUUUCAGAGAAACAGGGUUAAUCCAGCCUCUAGUGGCUGUCUUCUGCGACGUUGGAUGCUAAAUUCGCAUCCAACGUGCAAAAUGUCCAUAGGAAAGCAUUGAGAAAUGCUUGUUUGAAUGCAUGCGCGGCUCUUGCUGCGCAUGCACAUUUCGCUCCACUCGGGAGCUGACGUCGGCGGGGGAGGAGAGGUCACCAGCACCGAGGGAGCCCGGCGCUGGAUUAAGGUAAGUAUUUGAAGGGGUUUUAACCCCUUCAGUCCAGUGGGAGGAGGACCCUGAGGGUGAGGGUCCACCAAGGAUUAUAUAGUGUCAGGAAAACGAGUUUGUUUUACUGACACUAUAGUGAUCCUUUAAAAUGUAAUAACCAAUAAACAUUUAUGUCGCAAAAUGUGAUGCUUGUUUCUUUUUGACCAUACCUUACUGUGCAGAAGUUGCUGUAGUUUAGGAUAAGUUGCUGUGCCUUGAAGUAUUUCCAAUUUAGCAGUACUUACAGUAGUUUGGAAUAACCUAUCCUACUUUGCAGUGGUAGUUGCAACAUUGUAUACCUUAGCUGACUUUGCAGCAGUUCGAUGCUUUCUCUUUGAGUGUCCUAUCUGAGGAGAUUUUCUAUCAGGCGCUCAAUCUCAGGUAGCAGAGAUUUACAGCCUGUGGUGCUGCUAUGUGAAGUUCUAUUAAUAAUUUUCUGUGAGUUCCAUACCUUGCCUUGGUUCAUUCUCUAUAGUUAUUCUCUUUCUCUUUUUAUCAUUGUCUACAGAACUCAAGACCCUGCUUCGGCUGAGCUUGCACCAGAGUUAAAAUCGGACAAACGACCUGAACAACAUGGCCUUAUUGGUUCCCCAGGAGGAAGUCGAUCAAUAGAGGUCAGAGUUCAAACAUUGAGGUUAUUUUAUAUUUGUUCACUUGACACUCUACUCCUGUUUACAUCUUAGAUCUUUGUCUUCUUAGUGUUAGCAAGCAGAAGUAGAGGUGGAGGACUUUCUUCUGCAUAGACAGCGAUCCUUUUUAUCCGUGGCCUGGAGCUCCGUAGCUGUCUACAUAUCUCCUGCCUGUGGAUUUCUGCUUACACUGCUACUGGCACUUGCCACAAAGUUACAAAAGAAGAAACAAUGCAAAGACUCGAUCCUUAAGAGAUUUCUCCUAAUGAUCCAAUGAUCCUAGGAGCUUCAGCUUCCCAGGAUCUCUUCUCGUUUUUUGUUGUUGUUUUUUUUUUAACAUUGGAAGUUCACAUACUUGGAUCUGUUGCUGGGUACUCGCCUUGACCCUCUAUUGCCUUAAUUGGUGGAUGACCGUCGCUGCAUCACGGACUACAGACCUACACUGAUUUUCCCAACUACUUGUGGGGUUUUUUUUGUGUACUUUUGUGUUGUUUUGUUUUUUUGCAGUUUAUUUCUGAAUAUUUGUUUUAUUUUUUAUUUCUGAAACCGUGUGAAUGACUUCCAUUAGCCCAUUGACUGAUUCUGCUCUCCAGCAUGCCUUGGGGUGGCAGACCAUUGUGGGCUUUAUAGUGUUACACUGGUUUUGGCCUGCCCUUCUGCGGCCUAUGUGUAUAUAAUGUAUAUCUCUAUGGUCAUUACACUGUCAAAUCUUGCCCAUGUCUCACUGUCUGUUCUCAUUAAAUGUCCUACAGACCAUCUCCUUUUCUGUGAUCUCCAAAUCAAUCAUUUUUCAUUUUUCUGCUAUAAAUUAAUUUGAGUGUUGACACACAAGAACCAAAUGGUGUUCACUAAAAUUUACUUUAGGACAGAUAUAUUGUUCUUUUCUUGAAAAUAAUUGCAUUUUUCACAAUUUUCAAACACAGGUAAGUCCGUAAAUAGCAAUCCUUGAAAUCUGUUUAUUUACAAGCCCUGAAGUGCUAUUGUUUUUUGAACAGCAGAUAGUGUUCACACUCUGCAAGGCUCUUAAAACCAGUGGAUUUGAUAACAUGUAAAUCUAAAUAUGAGCCUCCCAAUAGAUUAUACUACAAAAAGCCUGCAGGGACUGACUAUACUCACCAUAACAACUACAUCAUGCUGUGGUUGUUCCGGUUACUAUAGUGUCCCUUAAAAAAAACAAAAAACAUUUUAAUCCUAAAAAUAUAUAUAUAUUUUUUUUAUUUAUGUCCGUUAUAUGCCUUAGUAGGUUUAAGUUAUUGGUCGGUCUUUAUUAAACGGUCAAGCAUCUCUUUUAGACAACUGUCUCAUUCAAAAGCUUUAACUUUGAAUGUGUUAGUUGCCUCACUGUGCAGGUUGAAAAAGGCAGUUAAAUAUGAUAUUUUAUAAUGCUUACCUGCUUUUCUCUUAUGCUUUUCACACCCACUCAAGGGGGGACACUGAUCUAACCAAUCGGUGUUCUCCUCCCUAGGAAUGCUGAAAAAAGAUCACUGGGCAUGCCUGGUGGAUUUACACAUGCACAAUUGAAAGAUCUAUUCACUUUGCAACAUUCUGAGACGAGAGAAGUGAGGGAGUCUGAACAGUGCGGUACACCCAGAUCAGGCUCCGGUGUCAGGUUCUGUCAUUAGUGGAAUAGCCUGAAACUAAGAUGGAUGGGUAAUAGGGAGGUGGGGGAAGCUGAAGAAACUCUCCCAGCUAAGAGACAUGUCCAAUAAUGUAAUCUGACCAGGUUUAUAAACAUUUAUUACAUAUUU